AUGAAUUCCACCGACCAUGGGAAAGAAGUUGAAGAUGAAAUUCUUGAAUACCUCAACAGAGAAGCCAACAGCUGGCUCGAUUUAGAGAAAUUAACUGAAUCCAUUGAGAAAUCUGUCAAUUCUACUAUUGAUAAAGAGGAAGCAGGCAAGAAUUUGACCAGGAGGAUUAGUAAUAUGAUAAAAGAAGCAGAGCUUCAGAUGAGAGAGCCAGGGAAUAAUACAAGGAACAGCAUGAUUAAGAUUCCAGACACUUCUGAUAUUUUAGAGAAAUCCUUGGGGAUUUUAGAAUCUUCACAAAGGAAGAGUGCUAAUGACUCCCAACACCUCAACCCAAGCGUCGGCUCUCAUCGGAGGCAUAAGAAAUCUAUCAUUCAAACAACAUCAAAUAACUCGGAUAGGAUAAUAGAGGAUGAAUGGAGCAAAUCAAUUCAAGCUCAAACUAAGGAGCAGUAUGAGACUCCUGAAAGAAUGGGCAUUAGGAAAACUAUAGGCAUAAUGAAACCCCCUGAUGUCUCUCGAGAGACCAUGGUCUAUGACAAUAAAGAUUAUAAUUUGGAUCGAUUAAUUUCAGAUAAUUUUGGGAUUUCUCUAGAACAAAUAGAAAAAUCCGACAGCUUCAGUAUGAGAAACCACCCAAUCAAGGAAUCAAUAUCUGACAUUUUCAGAAGUCUUUCAGAUCUCAAAGUGAAAGAAGAGGUCAAAGAGAAUCAAGAUCUGAUGAAUAUUUGGAAAUAUUUUGAGAAAAUUACAGAACUUUCAGCGAUUUUGAACAAAAUUAAAGAAAGGAAUCAUAACAAUCAGCCUACUAGAAGAGAGAUACGCAGAAGAGAACAGGAUAACUCUCCCUUCACACUGAUCAGCGAGGAUGGCAAGAUAGGCUCAGGGAUCAGGACUAAUUAUUUCCUCGAGUUUGGCAACAUCCCUAUUGGCUUAUUUGAAAGUGGGGUUUUGCAGUUUAGGAUUAAAACUGAUGAGGAGCCUCCUAAGAAACCUCCUAAAGGAAAAUGUACCUAUCCUAAUUGCUUCCGGUGAAAGUACACUGUGAUGAGUAAUUACAGCGGAUAUCAUCUUCUGCACUUCUCAGAGGAUGAUACGAUCACUAUCUGAGGGAUGAUUCAUAGAACUAUGUUGAUAGGAUGUGUAAUUCCAGAUGACAUAGACUCAAGAGUCAAGUGAGGCUUAAUCGACAUCAGAUUCCUUGACUUUUCCAGCUUACAAGACUUUCCAAGUGGAAUCAGGAAGUAUAAAAUUCCUGCUUGGAAUCUAUUUGGUAUUUCUAAGGAAAAAGACUUAAGUGAGUUGAAAAGGAUUUACAGUCAUGAUAAUAAAACAGAUUUUCAAAUCGAAUGACCUCCUUCAAAGGUAUGAAAAGUACAAGCAAUUGCUAAAGUUAUUGCUGACUUUAAUCCCCAAAACACAGAAUCACCAAUUGAAUUCAGUUUUUUAGAAGAUGAAGAGAUUGGUUUAAUUGAUGAUGAUAAUGAGGAAAUCAAACUUCUAUCAGUGAGGAAGAACUUUAUUAUAUGAAUAAUAUCUCUUCCAAACCUCUCUGGUUGGCUAGAGGCUUACUCAGCUCUUGAUGAAAAUUGCAGAGUUGGGAUAAUUCACAAGGACUUCAUAAGCUUAAUGGGUGAAGACUAA